ACAGCUUAUAAGUGGGGAUUCAUCCUGAGUGAGGAAUCCCAGCCUGGAUCUCUAUCACUCACCUCCAUCCCUUGGAGAUCCAGCCUUCCACCAGCCCCACUCAGUGAAGGUGGCUUCAUCUACUGCUGGUGGGAGUGGCCGGGAGGCUCAGCCAGGAUCCUGCCAUCCAACAAAAGCUGAGCUGAUAAUCCAGUAACAGUUUAAUAACAAACACGGGACUGCCUCCAGCUGAAGGAAAGGGGCUGGAUCCCCACCAGGCAAGGUCCCCAUGUCUUGGUGGCCCCCGAAGACUCUGUGGAACUGGGUGGAAAUGCCUUUGCAAGCCCCUGAGUUUGCAGGUCUUAAAUACUGUUGGUUCUUCUCAUGCGCUGCUACCGGAGCACCCUCCAGAACAUGACCAACCUCACAGCGGUAUCUGUCUUCCUCCUCCGGGGCUUCUCAGCUGUCCCUGAGUUACAGCUGCUCAGUGUGGUCGCUUUCCUUUUCCUUUACGUGGCUGCAAUUCUGGGAAACAUCUCCAUUGUGGCUGCUGUGACCCUUGAUGCCCACCUGCACACGCCCAUGUACUUCUUCCUCAAGCACCUUUCCCUGGUGGACAUCUGCUCCCUGUCCACCACCCUGCCCCGGGCCCUACUGGCCGCCAUGCUGGGUUCUGGGGAUAUUUCCCUCCUUGCAUGUGCUUCCCAACUCUUUGCCUUUGUCAGCCUUGGGUCCACAGAGUGUUUUCUCAUCACGUCCAUGGCUUACGAUCGUUGUCUGGCCAUCUACAGGCCCCUGGUAUACAGGGUAGUUAUGAGCCACACGGCCUGCGUGUGCCUGGUGGCAGUGGCCUGGGUUGGCGGGCUCCUUUUCUCCACCUUCCACACAGCCAACACCUUCUCCCUACCUUUCUGUGGCCCCCUUGUGAUUGACCACUUUUUCUGUGACAUCCCUCCAAUCAUGCGCCUAGCCUGUGCCAAUGCGGAUGCCCAUGAGGCUGCUGGAUUUGCAGUCAGUGGCUGUGUCAUCAUGAGCUGCUUUGCCCUCACCGUCCUAUCCUAUGUCCGCAUCCUGGCCACAGUUGCUCGGAUCCGCUCUGUGGCCGGCCGCUGGAAGGCCUUCUCCACAUGCUCUUCCCACCUGGCCACCGUGAUGCUGUUUUAUGGCACUGGCAGCUCUGCCUACAUGCGGCCCAGUGCCCACUCCUCCCCGCUACAAGCACGCCUGGCUGCUGUCUUCUACUCCAUCCUCACCCCCACCCUGAACCCACUUAUCUACAGCCUGAGGAACAAGGACAUGCAGGGGGCCUUGCGGAAGCUCUACCUGCAGGUGCCAUUCUAGGUCACGGGACUCAGGAAUACACCCUUAUGGGAUACUCCCAGACAGGGCCUGAGUUAGCUUUCUAAAAAUUACUUGUCCAUAUUAAAAUACUGAGAGACUUGCCCUGACUGGGUAGCUUAGUUGGUUAGAGUGUUGUCCUGAUACGCAAGGUUGCAGGUUCAAUUCCUGGUCAGGGCACAUAUAAGAAUCAACCAGUAAAUGUAUAAAUAAGUGGAAAAACAAAUCACUGUUUCUUUCUUCCUUUCUCUCUCUCUAAAAUCAAUAAAUAAAAAACUUAAAAUAUUGAGAGACUUCCCAUAAAAAUUGAGCAUUCCAGAUCUUGACAAAUCAAAAGAUCUGGUAACAGGAGGGUCUGUGGUUGGGACUAUUCCUCCUCCUCUUCAUCACAUCGCCAUCCUGCCCACCUGGCUGUCUGAGGAGCAUUCUUUCUUUGCUUUAAUCCAAACCUGCCUGUUUAACCUGGAAGGCUGAAGUGGACCAGGUGCCACAACCCUGGGUCCUGUACUUCCCUUAUCAAAGGUCCCACUUGGAGGAGAUCUGAUUAUCAAAGGCCUGGGCACUAGCCUGGACCAGAGCUUUCCAACUGGAGCUGUCAGUGUGAGGGUGAGCCCAGGCUGCUCCCUUCAGGUGGUUUUCAUAAGUGUGUGCAAGUGUGGGCACAUGCACUUACCCACCCAUACUGCUAGGUUUCUCUGCAUUUUCACGGAGAGAAGGUUCCCAGCUUCCACUAACAUUUCAAGAGCAUCUGUGGCCCUGGCUGGUGUGGCUCAGUGGACUGAGUGCCAGCCUGUGAAC